AUGCAUCCUCGCAACCCAUACGGUCAGGAUGGCAUAGACUUCAAGGCCCUCGCCAAUGCCCAUCCUGCCUUUGCCCAGCAUCUCCAAGACGGCCGCAUCAACUUCCAGGAUCCAGAGGCCCUCAGAGCGCUGAAUCAGGCUGUGCUGAAGCAGGACUGGGGCAUUCAUGUCCAUCAACAGCCCGAGGAUCGACUCUGUCCUCCUGUACCCAACCGACUCGACUAUCUCCUCUGGGUGCAAGACGUCCUCAACGCCACCAUUGGCCCAGAUGGGUUGCCACGGUACGCAACGCAACCAGGUGGGGAUGAGCAGAUCCAACCUAGGAAGAGAGCACGCUGCGAUUCGCCUCCCUCGACGCGUAUCCUCGACAUAGGCACCGGCGCAACGGCCAUCUACCCUAUUCUAGGCUGUGCCUUGGAUCCCUCUUGGACCUUCACCGCCACGGACAUUGACGCCGUCUCUCUCAAGAAUGCUGAGCAUGUCGUCGCGCAUCCUCACAACAAUGAGGGAUCGCUCAACCUCGCCGAGAGGAUCAAGCUCCUUCACCGUUCUCCAGAUGCUCCGCUUAUCCCCACGGCGGGCUCGGGACAGCCCUUUGCCAUGACCAUGUGCAACCCGCCCUUCUACACCGACCUGGCAGAGAUGGACAGAGCGGCAGCGGCUAAACAAUUGCCCCCUCGUGGUGCCUGCUCUGGCUCGGCGAAUGAGAUGGUCUAUACAGCGGGAGGGGAGGUGGCUUUUGUGACUCGAAUGAUUGAGGAGAGUUGCGCCCUUCCCUCAACGUCAAUUUGGUACAGCAGUCUGCUGGGGAAGGCGUCCAGCCUGCCUCUGAUUUACGCCCUUCUCCAGCAGCGCAAUGUUCGGAAUUGGGGCUUCACGAGUAUCACGCAGGGCCAAACAAAGCGGUGGAUCGUCCUCUGGUCGUGGGCGCAGCACCGCUUGCCUGACGAGCUGCUGCGCAUCAACAACCCAGCCGGGGUCUCACCGCCUCUUUCGUCGAUCAAGAAGGAAAUGCCGAGCCGCAAGGGAGCAACAGAGGCGAUGGACAAGAUGCACAACUUUCUGAAAUCUUUGCCCGCCGUCACGGUGCGCGAAGAGGAAGACGACGCGCUCUUCGUACGGUUCGACACGGCCUCCUGGACGAGGGCAGCACGGAGGGCCGCAAUGAGAGAGAAAGCAGAUGACAAAAGCGACAAAUCUCGAGCCACUGCAUCCACUACAUCCUCAUCAUCAGCAGAUCCCGCUCUCUGCGUCCUCAUCAGCGUUGAGAGUAGCAAGGACGAUGACGAAGCGCGGGCGUACAAUCCUUGUCAGCUGCACAUCAGAUGGGUCUAUGGGAAAGAUCGCACCCUCUUUGAGAGCUUCGCAUCGACUGCCAUGCGCAAACUGGUUGGCGAGAGGGGCAACGAAGGAGGCAAGUAGGGAGAGAUGGCGAUAAUCAUACUCGCUAUGUUCUGGUCAAGAAAGAUGAGAGGAGAUGUAUCUCAAUAAAUAGAGUUCGACUAGGAUGAGAUGGGUUGCCACCAAGGCACAUCAAGCACGAGUAAGAGGCGCUGACUGCCGCUCCCUUAGUGACCAUGCCCAUCAAACUGUUUGAUCAUCUCGUGCACAGCUUCAAUCGCCAACCCCUU